AUGUUAGAGCAGCCUCCCUCCAAAUCAGUUCAAGCUGUCUCCUCCUCAAACAGUUUUCCUUUUUUCUGUUUGAGAUCUGCAACUCUUGCAGCAUUCAAUUUCUCUAAAAGUUUCCCCAAUUCUGCUUCUGGGGAAGGCCGUAUCUCGGAUUACAGAAGCCGGUUGGACAAGACACUGACAUCACCUGAACUUAUGAAUGAAGAAAUGGUUCAUAUCCUUGUGAAGAAUCAAAUUUUACAGACGAUGGAUUCUCAGUCAGGAGAAUACACUGACUGUGCGAUUGAAAGGAGAAGCAAUGAAGUGUUUAAGUUCCUCUGUGAGCUAAGGAGUGCUUCCACAAACGAUUCAAACAACAAAUGGAAAGUAAAACAAGACACUGAGGAAUUACGAGUUAUGUAUCGUGAAGGACCAGAGGGAACCCCCUUCCAUACACUACUUGCUGAGGGCUAUGUGGAUGGGCCAGUUGAUGUUUGUCUGUGCAUUUCGUCAGACGCUGACCUUUACAAAAAAUGGUGGCCUCAAAUCACAGUUCCUACUUUCAAAGUUGCUGUAUCGCAUCGUGUCCAGAGAGUUAUAGAUGGCGAGCAGACAGCAAUAGUGAGGAUGAAGCUUUCAUGGCCAAUGUCAGGCAGAGAAGUUAUAGUACAUUAUUUUACAUUUGAGUACUUCAAAGACGGCCUUGUCGUGGUGAUUCUUAACUCGAUCUCUGACUCGGAGACCAUCGACAGAAGCACCCAUGGUUUCACCAGAGAUGGAAUGCCAGAUUCAGAGGGUGCCGUGAGAAUGGAUCUCUACGGAGGAUUUGCUCUAAAAAAAAUCACUGCUGAUAGAAGCUUCUUUAGAACGAUAGCGAAUCUUGAUAUGAAGCUCGACUUUGUCCCUCCUGCAUUCAUCAAUUUUGUCGCCAGACAGCUUGUAGGCAGCGGUUUCAAGCUCUAUAAAAAGCAAGUUGCUUCUGCGCAAGGCAACAUAGAAGUUCAGGAGGCUUUGAAAGAUCCUCUCUAUGCUCGUGUACGUGAGGCUCUCUAUAAAGAAGACUUGUCUCUUGCUUCGCCUAUCUUGGAGAGCACACACACCAAUCUUGAACAACAAAACAGUGAAUCAUUCCAAGACAACAACUCCACUAAGGAAGAUAAAACUUUUGAUGAACACCCCAUGGAUCCCAACGCCACGGGUGCAGACGCAAGAGACAACAAAGUUCUCAAUGAAAUCGAGGAGUUCAAGGGAAAAAGCUCGGAACUUCUUGAUAGUUUAGCUGAGGAGAGCACAGUAGUGGUUAGGACAGACUUGAUGGAAGUUAGCAAGACUGAGGAUCCAAACAAAGUUCUCAAUGAAAUCAAGGAGUUUGAGGAGAGAGGAUUAGAACUGCGUGAUAAAGUAGCCGAGGAGAUCACGGUAGAGGUUAGGACAGACACAAUGGAAGUUAGCGCGGCUGAGGUGGAACAAGGCCAUGAAAUAACGGAACAUUUUACAUGUAAUGUACAAACUAAGGUUAACAUCAGCCCUGAGGUUCAAAGAGCUUUAGGAACACUGGAAAAGGCCAUUUCCAUAUUCCGGGAGUACAACAGUAGCCCUGUUCAUGUCCUCAACAAUGGAGAUAUGCUGAGCUCGGAGAAUGAUGCUGCGACAGAAUCUAUUUCGUGGGAAGCUGACGAAAUAAGGAAAAGGAAUCAAGCUUGCGUCGAAUCAUCAAAACAAAGAUCAGCACAAGUAGCUGUCCAAACUGCCAGAAGCAGCUCUGACAACCAUAAUUCAAGUCGGUCCAACUCCAGCACGAGGGAAACAAACCAGAGCAAGAUUGCACCGGAUGAAGAUGGCACGAGGCUGUCUCACCAUCAGAGAAACGUGUCAAUAGAAUCCGAGAGUGCAAAAGGAGAUAAUCUGGUGAGUGCAGAAGCAAACAGAAUGAAAGGAGGGAAGAAUAAGAAGUCGAGGUUUUGUUGCUUAAAUUUCGGUUCUUGAUAGCUAGUGAACUACUGCAGGAGUUACGAAAACUCGAGCUCUUAUAGGUUUAUGUACAUUGUUGGCUUUCGAUUUUUUCUGCAGCUACAGCAUUUUCACAAGAAUAGUGAGACUAGGGAAGAAGCUUUGGCUGUUUCAUUCAAGAUUGUGUAAUUUUAUGUUUAGUUUAGUUCUGUUUUAAAAUCCUAACCUCAGUACGCAGGCAGAAGAUAAAUAAAGAGAACAUUUUUUUUGGUCUA